AUGCAGCAGAAGAUCAAACUCCCGCUCCCACGGCAAACACCACCCCCUCCGUCCUCUCCGGAGUCGCCCGGCGGGAGGCGCCGCGGGCCCGGCUACGCGCAGGCGUACUGCGCGGCGGGCGCGCGCGGGGUGUUUGCGCAGGCGCGGGCAGCUAGUGCUAAGCUCCGGCGCGGGCGGCCAGUGGUUCUUGAGCUCUGUCAGUCCCGGCUCGGGAACCCGAGCAGUGGCGGCACCAUGUUACUUCAUUCAGUCAACCUCUGGAACCUGGCAUUUUAUGCUUUCAUGGUUUUCAUAGCGACCCUGGGGCUGUGGGAUGUCUUCUUCGGCUUCGAGGAGAACAAGUGCAGUAUGAGCUACAUGUUCGAGUACCCAGAGUACCAGGUAAGGUUCCGCCCUUUCCUCACCUGGACGCUUCGAGACUCCUGCCUGUUCCUUCUAUGGAUUCAUUCUACCCGGGUAUCCGAAUUCGCCACCUUCCUCUUAGUUAUUACUGCUCUUACUGAAGAGGAAGUACUUCGUUCUAUUGGCUCUAUAGCACUUAGAAAAGCAGAAGACAUUGACUUCAAGUACCACUUUGACUUCUUUAGUGUGAACUUCAAUGAGGAACUGGUGGCACUAUAUGGUGGAAGUCUUCAGAAGCAGACCAAGUUUGUACAUGAAUGCAUUAAAACAAUUCUGAAACUCUAUAAGGGUCAAGAAUUUGCUCCAAAAAGUGUGGCAAUAAUUGGCCAUUCUAUGGGCGGUCUUGUUGCAAGAGCAUUGCUUACAUUGAAGAAUUUUAAACAAGAUCUGAUAAAUCUUCUUAUUACUCAAGCAACACCUCAUGUUGCCCCUGUGAUGCCAUUAGAUCGUUUCAUUACAGGAGAUAGUGCUAGGUGUAAGCAAUUGCAGUUGACUACAAUUCGAGCAUUCUUUGAUCUUAUUGAUGCUGAUACUAAACAA